UAUUUAAUAAAUCGACAUUUUCAUGAGUUUAUUUGUCAUGAAGGGCAGGUGAAUGAGUGAGGAGGUUAAGCGUCUGCUUCACUUCUUUGAAGUGCAGUUAUGCGCCGACGGCUCCCAUUUGUCUGUAGGACGCAGCAAUCAAUGUCGUCAUCGAUGUGUUUUCACAGCGAAACGCUACCCGCACAACAAAACUGUCAAUCAGAAGGGAAAGAUCCUAUAAAUAUCAUCGGCGUGCAUUCUGGGCCAGAUGUUCACUUGGCUUCUUCUCUCCCCGUGCUCACUUCUGGAACAGCACACGCCACUCUUUCUUUAAAAUAUGGCAACACUGAAUUUGCUGACAGUUUUGGCUUUGUGCUGUUAUUUUCAGUCUGCAUCUGCAUGGACAGUGAAUAAUUUCCUCAUGACUGGACCUAAGGCUUUUCUAACGUAUGCCAACAGCGUGCAGAUUGGCGCGCAAAGCGGCAUCCGCGAGUGCAAACAUCAGUUCGCGUGGGACAAGUGGAAUUGUCCAGAGAACGCUCUCCAGUUAUCCACACAUAACGGCCUGAGAAGUGCCACAAGAGAAACAUCUUUUGUUCAUGCCAUCAGCGCAGCAGGGGUGAUGUACACGCUCACAAAGAACUGCAGUAUGGGUGACUUUGAAAACUGUGGCUGUGAUGACUCCAGAAUCGGACAACCAGGCGGCAAAGGCUGGAUCUGGGGAGGCUGCAGUGACAACGCGGCGUUUGGAGAGAAGAUCUCCAAACAUUUUGUGGAUGCGCUGGAAAACGGGCACGAUUCGCGCGCAGCAGUUAACCUGCACAACAAUGAGGCUGGCAGACUCGCGAUUAAAGCCACCAUGAGGAAAACGUGCAAGUGUCACGGAGUGUCCGGAAGCUGCAGCAUCCAAACGUGCUGGAUGCAGCUGGCCGAUUUCAGAGAGGUGGGAAACUUCCUGAAGAUGAAAUAUGCACAGGCGAGGAAACUGGACAUGGACAAGAGGCCGACGAGGAACAGCGCGGACAGCCGUGCUGCCAUCGCGCAUGCUUUCCGGAGCAUCGCGCGCACGGAGCUCGUGUACCUGGAGGAUUCUCCGGAUUAUUGCAUCGAGAACCACAGCCUGGGCUUCCACGGCACAGUGGGCCGUGAGUGUUUGAAAGGAAACAAGAACAUGUCGCAGUGGGAGAGGCGCAGCUGCCGCAGACUGUGCUACGAGUGCGGCCUCAGGGUGGUGGAGAGACGCGCCGAGGUCAUCACCAGCUGCAACUGCAAAUUCCACUGGUGCUGCACAGUCAUGUGUGAUAAGUGCACGCGGACUGUUACCAAGUAUUACUGUGCGCCAAAAGACAGCGGAAAAAGACAGCAGGGCAAAUCAAAGCGCAGGCAGCGCGCGCACAGACUCAUUUGAUCAG